UAAAAAUCGUUCCUGUUUUCCAAAAGUUUUACCCUUACAAAUAACCACCUACAAUAAUUGCAAUUGCAAUAUUUAACAUUCAAUUAAUAUUGAAUCAUUUAUAAUAUAAUAAUAUCUAUCAAUUAUAUUAUUAUCAUUAUUACAUUAUAAUUGUAAUCAUGGACACCUCGCCAUUGUCGCCUCCCCCUCCAACCUCGCCAUUAUUGCCUCCUUUGCCCUCCCCUCCUCAACGUCGCAGGCCCCCUCAACCCCCUCGACGCCGUUUAUUAUAUGGCGAAAGUACAGCUAUACCGGCUCAUGCGUCUAGUUCAACCAAUCCUCCUAAUACUAUACCGCCUAUACCUGUCCCUGAAGAAGAGGCAGAUGAUAACCCCAACAAUGAAUCUAGCGAGAGUAAUAGCGAAAACCCCGCCGAAAACCCCGCCGAGAACCCCGCACCGGCUUUCAAGCAGACGCCAGAAGUGAUUGCAGCUGAGACGUUGGAAUACUGGAAGACGCAGAACCGGACCCAUGGCUAUAACUUUAAUCGCUUUAUAAAGGGAUGGCUUUUGACAAAGGCAGCGAAUGCGAGGGGCAGCGGCAGGAGAAUUCGCGAAAUGGUUCAAAUACUUAAAGACCCUCAAAUCCAAGAGCGUUUAAACGAAGCCGGCGUUGAAAUACACAUUCGAAAUAAGGGCAAGGGCAAGGGCAAGGGCAAGGGCAUUAACAAAAAUGAUAAAAGUGAUGAGAGCAAUAGUGAUGAGAGCAAUAGUGAUGAGAGCAAUAAGGACGAAGAUUACGCAUUCGAGCUCCGGAGGGAGCUCUCUGCUUUGGUGUGUCAACCUGCCUUUGGCAUGUUCGAGCCUAAAUCAUUUGUUGCGGAAGGUAAUGAGCCGUGUGCUGUCAAAGAUAUCUGCAAUACGGAUUGGAUUAAUAGCGCCCACCGGUCCUCUUGGCCUCAAAUACUAGCUACAGCACCUAAGCUUAGUGCGUUAUUAACAGCUAUCCUUGCCAACGAGCGAGCUGGCCAGAUGUCGUACAUGACGGCCAAAACCAACACUGCCUUUUCACAUGAGGCUAGGGCAUAUAUGAUUGUUGCCUUAUUAUUAGGCGCCUACGCGCCUAGGCGAAGCAAUAUGCUACCUGUAUCUAUCGGCAUAUACCUUCAUAGCAGUGGGGUACAACGUCGGGUGAUAGAAACGUUGGCUCAGUUUGGCGUAUGUUUGGGAUAUAAGAGUAUUCUCACGCGACUAAAAGAAAUGGCUGAUCAAGCAAAAGAUAGUCUUAAGCGCAUUGCCCACGACCCAAAUGCCGUAUUUGUUUACGAUAACUUCAAUUUUAAAGAUAGCGUUCGGGAUUUGGCUUUAGGCCGUAAAGACAUUAUGCAGAACCUAACCAACUGUCUUAUUAUAGCCAGCCCUGACGUGCAUGGCCCGUUUCUUCAGUCUCAAUGGCGUGCAACAGUAUCAUUUCAGAAAAAAUGGCUGGCUACUUACCUCAUCCCCCCCCCGAAAUGCGAAGCCAAGGCUAUUAAAUAUUUGGUAGUCGACUCAAUUCGAUCGAUUUUUAAAAUGGGCGCCCUUAAAAACGUUGCCCCUUUUCCAAGGGUUGCCAGGCCUAAGCAUAAUGUCAGUUAUAUUGUGCAAACACCUGCUAUCAAUGAAAACGAGGGGGAAAUAUCAGGCGUUUACCGAGUUCAUGAUAAGCUAUUUCGCAGCCUGCUCGAUUAUAGCCAAUACGACCAACGGUUAGCAAUCAUACACGGAGACCAAAAGACCACCUCUUAUAUUCGAGCUAUUGUAGCCACCCAGCUUGAAGCCGGGGAGACUUACGAUCGAAAGCAAUGGCUGGUCCCUGUCCCUGCGUUUUUUCAUAUCAUGCUAAACUUCGUGCAGCUGAUAUUUCGCACGUUUUGGGAUCCGUUGGUCCUGGAGGACGUACAGUUUUUUGACCGUGGUCAACAUAUUGGGAAAGACCGCGUCAAGUACCACCAAGCCCUGCCUCUGUUACGGGACGCCUUUAACGCUCGCAUCUUCGCUUUUUUAAUAGACGAUCUUAUUUGCGCAGGUGAUUUGCCGGAAAGCAGUGUUGAUUCUAAAUCCAUUAGCGAGGUCUUAAAGGAAAUCGCCCCUAAGGUAUUAGAAGACAAGCUAUCGGCUAUACAAAACCGAAUAUUUAGCCCUCAAGCCUGGACUGGUGAAUAUAUAGAUGAGCAAAACAGCUUUAUCGACGUUAAUUUCCGAAGCUGUUGUCGAUAUAUGGUAGUUAUUAGCUAUUUGCUAAUGAUGGUAACUGCUGUCCAACUUGGAGACUAUGGCGUAUUGCGGCAAAUUAUACCCCAAUUGCCGCUCUUUUUCUACGGCGGAAAGUCGAGCAAUUACGGUCCGGAAAUGUUGUACUUUGCCUGGCUCCUUCACCCAGAUGUCUCCGAUCCAGAGUUAGCUACGGGUAUUCUCCGGUCGGGUCUUGUCCGGUGUACUACCGCUGGGAGUGGCUGGAAAGCUAUCGACCUAGCAUUGGAGCACGUCAAUAACGCGUUUGCCCUUGAUAUUAAAAAUAACAAAAACUCGACUCGUAAUACAUCUGUUAUUUUUAACCGCCUAUCUGUUGUUGGGCCGUAUACUGCGGCUAACCGGGUUAGCCUAGAGAACACGUUUCAUUCUAGUCAAAGUGGCCAGCACUCAGCAGUAUCUACCGUUAAUGAGGUUAUGGAGUAUGCCUGCAAAUUAUACCGCGAUGGUAAUACCAAAAGGCGUGUAGAUGAGUCUACAGCGACGCAAGCCCCGUUCGACGCGCCAGAUAUUUUGCACAUAGGGGCAGAGCUUCUGGCAAAUAGCAAAAUCGACGACUUUAACGCUAAGAUCGUUCGACCUGCUCGGGUAUCGUCACAGCAGGAUUUGCCUGUAUUACAUGACGAAAAUGGCCUAAUUAUCGAAAGCGAGGAGGGUCAGCGGCUGUACGGGGUGGUUGGAGAAGAGAAUGACGAAAAUGAAGAGUGGUAGCUACGCGAUAGCGCUUUGGAAAGCUGUCAGGCGGAUGGUAUCAUCGAUACUAUAACGCCAUUUUGGCUGAAGAUAACGGCAAUACUGCAAGAGCAGCAAGGCAAGUUAAGCAUCUUUGACGAAUAAUCCCUUGUGCUUAAAGUCCCGGCCCUUUCCCGGG